GUUAAUAUUGAAACAGGCCGAAGCCUUACGGGCCAAAGACGCAAAUUCUAUGUUUUUUUUCCCCCUGACUUUUGAAAAAGACCUCAUGUUCCAUUCCUCUCUUUCUUUCCAGCCUGCAUUGAAGAUGCUUUUUAAAGAGACCGUCGUCGUACUUUUGCUGUGGGGCAUUUUCCCCACCGAAACCAGGGAAUCUCGGGGCCACAUUUCUGUCGUCCUGCUAGGCGCCACUGGAGAUUUGGCCAAAAAAUACCUGUGGCAAAGCUUGUUCCAGCUUUACGUGGAUGAAGUGACGAACGGCCACACGUUCACUUUCCAUGGGGCCGGUCUGAAGGAUCCCGACACGGGGCGGAAGCUGAUGUAUGAUCCCUUGAAAAACCUGGCCUGCUCGCCGGAGGUGCCCCCCAACCGAUGUGCGGUGCUAAAGGACCAGUUCUUGAAAUUAACGGAGUACCACCAACUCAAAGGCGAGGAAGACUACGCCAGGCUCAACCAGGGCAUUCAAACCAGCCUUGCUCAGGAGGAGCUGGUGGAAACCGGCCGUAUCUUUUAUAUGUCCGUGCCGCCGUUCGCCUACGCCGAAAUUGCCCGGCACAUUAACAGCAGCUGCAGGCCGCCCACUGGUGCGUGGUUGCGCGUGGUGCUGGAGAAACCUUUUGGCCGCGAUUUGUUGUCUGCGCAACAGCUGGCGGAGGAGCUCACCAAGGUCUUCCGCGAAGAGGAGAUUUACCGGGUGGAUCAUUACCUGGGGAAGCAGGCGGUGGCUCACAUUUUACCCUUCCGGAAGCAAAACCGAGAAAAAUUGGACCCACUCUGGAACCGACAUCACGUGGAACGCGUGGAAAUUGUUCUGAAAGAGACUGUGGAUGCCAAAAAUCGCACUGAGUUUUACGAGCAGUACGGCGUCCUUCGCGACAUCCACCAGAACCAUCUGACCGAAAUCCUGAUGUCGCUCGCCAUGGAGCUGCCGGCUAACCUCACCAACUCGGAAGAAGUCCUCCGGAGGAAGCUCGAGGCUUUCUCCUGCUUGCAAAGCUUGGAAAAAACCAGCGCCGUGAUUGGCCAGUACGAGGCGUACGGCGCCCAUGUGAGGGAGGAGCUUCAAAAGGGGCAGGACUAUUUCACCAAGACGCCAACAUUUGCAGGGGUACUGGUUCACUUGGACAAUCUACGCUGGGAAGGGGUCCCGUUUGUCCUGACGUCCGGCAAACUCCUCGACGAGCGGGCCAGCUAUGUCCGCGUCCUCUUCAAAAACCAGGUGCACUGCGUCCAGACCGAGAGUGCCCGGGAGGCCAAACAUAGCCAUUGCAAGCCGAAACAGAUCAUCUUCUCCAUUGGGCCCGGAGAGCUGAAUUCACCCGCGAUCCUAGUCAGCCGCAACCUCUUUAAGCCAUCCAUGCCCCGCGCCGACUGGAAAGAAUUCCAGGAACAGCCGCAGCUGCGCCUUUGGGGACAAAGUCUCUCCGAUUAUUACGUCUACGUCCCCGCAGCCCAGCGGGAGGCUUAUUCCUUCCUUCUCUCAGCGAUCUACCAUGGAAAAAAGGCAUCCUUCAUCACCACGGAGAAUCUGCUGGCUUCGUGGGCGUUUUGGUCCCCGUUGCUGGAUCAGCUGAACCGCGAAUCGCCCCGCCUGUAUCCUGGAGGCCAAGAAAACGGGCACCUUUUGGAUUUCAAGAUGGUGGGCAAAGAAGUGGCUUUCAUAGCGAGAGACCCCCUUGAGGUGAUCGACGCCAAGGACAAACACACCGCCGACAGAUUCCAGACGCUGCUUUCCACCUUUCGAGAGAGCCGGUUGGUUACCGCCUGGGCAGACGACCUCAUUGGCCGCCUGGCGUCCGACGUGGAAACUGCAGCGCUCGACGCCAUCCGGAGGCGCGGCGAAUUCCACUUGGCGCUUUCCGGCGGAUCGAGCCCCUUGGCCUUGUUCCGGCAACUCAGCAGACAUUGCUACGGCUUCCCAUGGAAGCAGACUCACGUAUGGAUGGUGGACGAGCGCUGCGUCCCGCUGGCCGAUCUGGAAUCGAAUUUUGGCCACCUGCACCAGCACUUACUCCAACAUAUCCGCAUUCCUUAUUUCAACAUCCACCCGAUGCCGGUGCACCUCAACCGGAGGCUGUGCGUGGAAGAGGACGGAGGGCCGCAGCUGUACGCCAAUGAAAUCGCCGCCUUGGUGGCCAACUCCAGCUUCGAUCUCAUCAUCCUGGGCAUGGGCACCGACGGGCAUACGGCCUCUCUCUUCCCCCACUCGGCCGGCUUGGAGGGGGACAAGGACGUCAUCUUCGCCGAGAGCCCCACAAAACCUCACCAGCGCAUGACUGUCACUCUGCCGCUUAUCAAUAAAGCCAGACAGGUGUCCGUCUUAGUGAUGGGGAAAAGCAAACACGAGACUGUGUCUAUUGUCAGCCGGGCAGGGAACGAGCCGCAGAAGUGGCCGAUAUCCGGCGUGAAGCCCAAAAAAGGCCAGGUUUCCUGGUACAUCGACUAUGAAUCUUUAAUGGGGUGAGCUUUCUGACACUUCAGGUCGCCCCCCCCUCCUUCCUGUUAAUCUGGCAUUUCUCAGCACAAAUCAGUGUGUGGCGUGAAAAUUAUCUGGGGGAUGAAUCGAGGGGGGAAAAUGCCAUUUUUUAAAAAUUACUGUAUUUUU